AUGGGGAAGCUUUCCGUUGCCGCCUUGUCGGCCCUUGUGCUUGUUCACAAUGCCAGCGCCCUCGAACCCAUCAUCAUGAAGGGCACUAAAUUCUUCUACACGAACGGAACCCAGUUCUUCAUGAAAGGUAUCGCCUAUCAGCAGGACACCGCCGCCGCCGGUGGGGAGUCCGUCACGGGCGAGUAUAAAGACCCCUUGGCCGACGAGGCGGCUUGCAGACGCGAUAUUCCAAUUCUGGUCGAAGCUGGGACCAAUACCAUCCGUACCUACGCCAUCGAUCCCAAGAACGACCAUAGCGCCUGUAUGAAGAUUCUCGAUGACGCCGGUAUCUAUGUUGUGUCCGAUUUGGAAACCCCUCAAUGGAAUACUGAGCUAUACGAUCGCUACACUUCCGUAAUCGAUGCUCUUGCACAGUAUGAUAAUACCAUCGGCUUCUUUGCUGGUAACGAGGUCUCGAAUGACAAGAGCAAUACGGAAGCCUCUACCUUUGUGAAGGCCGCUGUCUGUGACAUCAAGAAGCAUAUCAAAGAAAAGGGGUACCGCUGGAUAGGUGUUGGCUACGCUGCCAACGAUGACAAGGACAUCUGCGCUAAUUCUGCCUAUUAUUUCAACUGUGGCGACCAGGCUGCCGCUAUAGAUUUCUGGGGCUAUAAUAUUUACUUGUGGUAUGGCGAGAACACGCUUAAUUACUCUGUUCCUGUUUUCUUUGCCGAGUAUGAAUGCAACAAGCCUGGCGGGGGUGAUAAUCGCAUCUUCCAGGAAACGACUGCUCUGUACAAAAAGGAGAUGACCGACGUCUUCUCCGGUGGCAUCGUGUGUAUGUUCCACCAGGAGACUAACGACUUCGGUCUUGUUGAAAUCAAGGAUGGCCAGGCAAGGGCGAUGAAGAAUUACUACGAGCUUGCAUCUCGUGUCCUGGCUGCCAAUCCCACUGCCAUCCAGAUGGAUUCCUACGAACCAAGCAAUCCCCCCGCCGAGUGCCCCAGUACCGCCUCUAACUGGGAGGUUCAGGGGGACACUCUGCCUCCUACUCCUGAUAAGUAUCUCUGCGAGUGCAUGGUCAAGAGUCUCACAUGCAUUCCCAAGCCAAACAUGGAGGCCGAGGCUAUUGGCGAUAUUUUCGGCUUCGUCUGCGGCGCUUCGUCAGACUCCUGCGAAGGCAUCAACACAGAUCCCUACACCGGCGUCUACCGGGCCUUUUCUAUGUGCUCUGAUGAGCAGAAGCUCGCCUAUGUUAUGAACGACUACUACAAGGUUCAGAAGUCCGCCCGCGCUGCCUGCGACUACAACGGCCAGGGUGAAAUAGUCAGCCCUUCCGCCGAUGACACCUGCAAGAAGGCCCUCGCCUCUGUCACCGCCACCACCUCGGCCUCUUCCACCGCCAAACCCAGCUCGAGCUCUACUGGCAACGCUGCUGCUGGCAGCCCCUACCAGGCAGUUUUCAACCUCGGAGGGUUCGCCAUCGGCGCGUACCUGAUUGCCAGCGGCUGCGUUGGUGCUGCUAUCAUAGCCUUGUAA